GGCGGCAUAGUCUUGAUUGACAGCUUGACGGCCGUUACAGCUAGCUGUGCUGCAGUUGGGGAGCCAAAUUUAAAAUGUCUGACUGGGAAGAUGAGUACGACGAAGAAGGCGUUGCUAUCCAGAGGCCUGCUCUAAAAUCAGCUCAGACUGAGUGGAAACCGCCAUGUGAUGGCCGUCAAAGACAAAGCUUAUUUUUCGGUGUAAGAAAUGCAUUUAGGUUUGGAGUGCCUAGAGAGGACAGAGAUGGUAGUGGUGCCGAAGGAUGUCAGUACAAAAGUCGCAGAGGUGGACGCGAUGUACGUUCAUUUUCCCAGAGCGAUGGACGACGAUCAUUUGGCAGUCAAAGGUUGGACUCUUCUCCGCCUGUGAAAGUCACUGUGGAAAAUGCCUCCGUUGGGAGGGUAAUAGGUCGUGGAGGAGCAAAAAUUCGUGAACUUGAAGAGAGCACCGGUGCAAGAAUUAAGAUAAACAAGGGAAGCUAUGAAGGUGAGGUGAUCAUUUUUGGCUCCCCUGCUGCCCAGCAGAAGGCCAAGCAGAUGAUUGAAGACCUGGUGUCUGAUGGCAACUCUCAAUUUUGCAGUGGUCUUCGCAGGAGGCCAGACUAUGAAGGAGGAGAUAAUGAACAAAGGAAUGGCUCCGUCUGGUCUGCUGCAGAAUUACAGGCUGCCAAAGUGGCCCCGGUCUGUGUAUCCAUAGACUGGAACACCAUCCGGGAAAACAAGGCAAAGUAUGACGAGCUCAAGUGGAGGGACCUCCCACCCAUGAAGAAGAUGUUUUACACUGAGGCAGAGGGUGUAUCCAUGCUGACAGCAGAGGAAGUCAGUGAAUGGAGGAAGGAGAAUAACAAUAUCUUUGUGGAUGACCUGAAGGAGGAGGGGGAGAAGCGGCCCAUUCCAAACCCCUGUCGCACCUUUCUGGAGGCCUUUGAGGUUUAUCCUGACAUCAUGGAAAAUAUUGAGCGAGUUGGUUUUGUCAAACCAACCCCCAUCCAGUCUCAGGCAUGGCCGGUGUUGCUGAGUGGGGAGGACCUGAUAGCCAUUGCUCAGACAGGGACAGGAAAAACCCUGGCCUACCUGCUGCCAGGCUUCAUCCAUAUGGAUGGACAGCCUGUACCCAGAGCUGAGCGGGGUGGUCCAGGCAUGUUGGUGCUGACUCCCACCAGAGAACUGGCCCUGCAGAUUGAAACUGAGUGCAGCAAGUACCGCUAUAAGAGCUACACAAGUGUUUGUAUCUAUGGUGGAGGGGAUAGGAGAGGCCAGAUCAACCUGGUGAAAGACGGGGUGGACAUAGUGAUCGCUACACCAGGCAGACUAAAUGAUCUGCAGAUGAAUGAGCUCAUCAAUCUGCGCUCCAUUACCUACUUGGUGCUGGACGAGGCUGACCGUAUGCUAGAUAUGGGCUUUGAACCCCAGAUUAUGAAGAUUCUUCUGGACAUCCGCCCGGACCGACAGACUGUCAUGACCAGUGCCACCUGGCCCACUGGUGUGAGACGAUUGUCCAGAUCCUACCUAAAGAAUCCCAUGAUGGUUUAUGUCGGCACUCUGGACUUGGCGGCAGUCAACACAGUGCAGCAAACAGUACUGAUUGUCCAUGAAGAGGAGAAAAAGUCGUACCUCUUCGACUUCAUCAGAAACAUGCUGCCCCAUGAUAAAGUCCUUAUCUUUGUUGGCAAGAAGAUUGUGGCUGAUGACCUGUCCAGUGACAUGUGUCUCCAGGGCCUGGCUGUACAAAGUCUCCAUGGUGACCGUGAGCAGUGUGACCGUGAAGAAGCCCUCAAGGACUUUAAAGCGAGUCGAGUUCGUAUUCUGGUCGCCACAGAUUUGGCGUCUCGAGGAUUGGAUGUCCAUGACAUAACACAUGUCUUUAACUAUGAUUUCCCACGCAACAUAGAAGAGUAUGUCCAUCGCGUGGGUCGCACUGGCCGAGCAGGACGUUUAGGUGCUGCUGUUACCCUUGUAACAAGAGAAGACUGGAGGAUGGCACCUGAGCUGAUUCUCAUCUUGGAGCGAGCAGGACAGGACAUCCCUGAUGAGCUGGUGCUUAUGGCAGAGAGAUACGAGAAACACAAGAGGGAGAAGGAAAUGAGCGAUCCAAGGGGAGGAAGAGGAGGAAGGGGGAGGAGAGAUGGUGGAGGGAGAGGUAGAGGAGGCAGAGAUCGAGGCCAAAACUGGGCAUUCUAAUGCAUGAUUGUCCAUGUAAGUCCACACUUAACACAAGGCUUCCUGCACACGUCUACAAAUGGACUUGGAUGUAUGAAUGGACAGAAGGAAUUUUUAUUUUCCACAUUUUUUGUUUUGACAAAAAACACUAUUUUUACAGGCAUAAAUAAACAGUGGUGAAUUUCAUUAAUUUUUUGAUUCUGAAUGAGUAACAAUUUAGGACAAAUGUUAAUAUCCUUAUGCUUUUUCUUUCACGACUGGGUCAAGCAAGGGUCUGAUUGUAAUUUCUUUUGAAUGUAUGUUUCAGUUUAAUUUUUUUUUCUUUGAAAAGUUUUGCUAGAUAUAUCAUCUGUUGUAAUUUAGAGGAAGUUCUACUGUUGUAAUCUUGUUUUGAAAACAUUAAAAAUGCACAAUUUUGACAGAUUUUUUGUCUGUAAACCAGACACAGCAGUGCAGUAUCAUUCUGAAUGUUUUGUCAUUUCUUGAUCUGGACAGAAACAUACUAAAGAGAUUUUACACUCUG